UUCAGAAAGUUUGCUAGAAGUGUUUGAGUGGGCGGAUACCUCCCUAUCCUCUUCACCCAAUAAGCAGAACUUGGAAAGUGAUGGAAAGUUUGUGGUGAAAGUGUCUGCUCACAACCUGGAUGACAAUUAGCGGAGAACUUUCGCCGGUGAGCAGCUGCGCACAGAACAGAGUCGUCUCUUUGCUUGCUCAGGAGAUUGAAGAUGGAGUGGCGCCAGCAGACAAGUGUCAGCUGUGCAGACGCCUUCAACGAGGCUCAACGCUGGAUUGAGGAAGUGACUGGAAAAUCGUUUGGUAGCAACAACUUCCGUGCUGCCUUAGAGAAUGGAGUCCUGCUUUGCGACUUGAUUAACCAGUUGAAACCAGGGAUCAUUAAGAGGGUAAACAGGCUUUCUACUCCCAUUGCUGGCCUGGAUAAUGUGAGUGUCUUUCUAAAAGCCUGUGGGAAACUGGGACUGAAUGUCUCUCAGUUGUUUCAUCCAGGAGACCUGCAGGACCUGUCCAGUCGUGCAACAGUCAGACGAGAUGAAAGCAACAGAAGACUCAAAAAUGUUCUGAUAACUAUCUUCUGGUUGGGUCGUAAGGCUCACUUAGACGCUCUCUACAGCGGUCCCCAGCUUAACUUGAAGGCCUUUGAAGGGCUCUUGGGGUUGGCCUUGUCCAAGGCUCUAGAUGAGGGCGGUAAUGUGUUUGUGAAAGACAGCGGGUACAGAGACGGCUGGGACCAGGACAAGGAGGAGUACCCGCAUAAGAGGCUAAGCUAUAAGAUGAAUCACUGUGUGGACAGCAUCGACUCUCUGGAGUCCAGAGUUCUUCGCCCAAACUGUGAAGGUUGUGGAAGUGACGCAGAGGCCGAGCAGGUGUUCAAGAUGGAGACCACACAGCCCUCGACCCAGCAAAACAAAGGUCAUGUCCCUCCAGUGCUGCUACAGAGAAAACAAGGACAGGAAGAAAAUGGAGUACUCUCCAGAGCAUAUCAAAUCCAGGUCAAACCUGAGAGAUCAUUUCAGGUCAACCCUGGCUGGAUUUGGAGCAAAUCACUGACUGACAUCCCAAUGGUGUACCCUGUGCGGAAAGUUCCUGCUGGUCACACCAUUUAUGAUGAUGUGUACCAAGAUGCCGGCAUGGCACAGGAGUGGAAUCACGACAACAAACACAAGUGUAGCGUGGCUGCCAAGGACAGUGAAGCUCAGUGGCAGGAUGACCUGACAAAGUGGAAGAACCGUCGCAGGAGCUCUAAGUCUGAACCCUGCAGAAAGUCCCUGGACAGGGAGCAUGUCAUAAAGCAGAUGGCUUAUGGGGACGGCAGAAUCUUUGACAGAAAUGGAGCACAAGAAGGACGGCUGAAGAGAGACCAACAGUCACCACGCAGGCAUAUCUCUGCCCCCCGUCCUUACUCCACCUCUCCUCCAUUGAAAUCAGCAAGCUUUGAUCUGAAGCCACGUACUCGUGCUCUGCUGGCCCGUAGCUACGCCACAGAGACACCUUACAGCCCCACGGCUCCACUUAGUCCCCAUAUCUCAACCCGCUCUCCGGGGGCAUCCGUUGGAUCCAUGCCCGCCUCUGAUGGGAUCAUUUUGGGAGAGGAGACUCACUUUGCCUCCCUGGCUUCAGAUGGAGCAGGAGUGACCACACCUUCUCCAGACUGUCCUUUCAGCUCCCAGACCCCCAUCAGAGCCCAGGGCUGUCUGGAUCCUUUCGAACCCACUGCUGAAUCCGCCCAGUCAGAAAAUGUCUUCACAAACCAAAUCUCCACGCUGAUCACAACUCUACAGUCGAGCAAGUCCACAGAGUCGCCCAGCAACAGGGUUACAUCUUGCGUUGACCCAAAAGUUACAACUCUUCGCCCUGAUGCAGUUCAUCAGCCAGGUAUUGAUCAUCUGGUGGACUUGACACAUCAAAACCACAAGUCCCACGAAGACACCCAGAAGGAAUCUUGUGAACCAGCUGUGCAGCAAGGCCGAGGCCAACAGUCUUCAGGCAGCUACAAGUACUUUUCCAGAGCUGGGUCGUGGUCUGGCUCAGCAAGCCUUCCUCGUGGUUACAGGAGAUCUGAGGGCUCAACUCGUCUCUCAUCUGCAAUCACAGCCAGACCCUUUGGGAGCAAGCAGUCCAGGGUGUCCUCACUGUCCAGACUGAGUAAUGUAGACAACAACCAGGGUCUGCAGUUGAAAUGUGAGACAGAGGAAUAUCCCGCUGAAUCGUCACUUAAAAGACAGACUGCAACCAUCCAUCUGAAGAGUCCGUUCCAGGCUGCCAUCUUACUGAAGAAAGAGAAACAGGGCCAACAGAAUGGUAAAGAUCAGGGGGAGGAGGUAAAGGGUGUCACUCUUUCAAGCCAGACCUCCUUCCAGGCCCACGGCUAUCACCAUCAGCCCUCCAGCCAAAACCUGCUACUACCGCAGCCUUAUUCAAACCUGCAGGCCCACCACAACAAAAACUCCACCCUUCCUACUUAUGAAACUCUGGACCAAUCACAGGUGGCUCACAGUGACAUGAGAGUGAGCCUUACUCUUAAACCCAACAGUAGACCAGACUUUGGUUUCCAGACUCACUGGGACUCUACUGGGGUGAGGGUCAAAUUAAUUCAGCCAGGCAGUCCGGCGGAGCUGUGCCAGCUGUGUGUGAACGAUGAGAUCGUGGCUGUUAAUGGCAUUGCAGUGGCACACAUGAACUACACCCACUGGAAGGAUAAAAUGACGUCUUCCCUGCAGACCGGCAGUCUGACUAUGGACAUACGGCGCUAUGGCAACAAAGACUGGAGCACCAGUGAGGAGAGUCAGCACAACCAGCCAGGCCAGAGCAGGAUGACCCUCAAUCUAACCGCUUCAGCUCCCGUUCUGAUAGGUUACCCUGAUCACCAUGCCAACAGUGGUGCCUCUACAGACACCACAGUGAAAGUGUCAAAAUCCAAUUGGCAGAGCGACAAUGUUAUGCAGGGUAAAGGCAUGAACGGAGAGCUUGCUGACAACAACAGGACAGCCAGAACUAAAGAUAAUAAUAAUGCUAUAAAGAAAAAUCAGAGACGCAGGGCUGAAUUUUUCAGACAGAAAGGAGGUUCAGAAUCUGCAAUAUCUGAUCUCCAGGUGCCAUCGCUCAGCCCCUCCUCGUCCAGCUGGUCAUGGGACCAUGAAGAAGAUCGAAGGCGUCAGGAGAAGUGGCAGGAAGAACAGGAGCGCCUCCUACAGGAGCAGUACCGGCGGGAUCAGGAGAGGCUGGAGGCUGAGUGGCAGAAAGCACAACAAGAUGCAGUGGGAGAGAAGAGCACCUUUGCUGGUGGGAUGACCAACGAUAGUGAGAGCUUUUCCAGCACCCCGUUUCAUGUGAACGGACUGACAAACAAAACCAGAGACGAGGAGCACAGCCCUGAGAAACAUGACCUGAAAGAAGCAGGAUCAAAGACUCAAAGUGAUACACAAGGAGUGCAGAGGGACAGGAUCAAUGGACAAGCCUGGGCUGAGGACUUGUGUGGCUUUGCACAGCUGUCGCCUGCACACAGGGCAAAGUCCUUGUCUACCCCGUAUUAGCUGGCACUCACAAACAGCCCGGAGGUGAACAGAGGAAAAGCAUGGGACACUCUGUUUCUAAAGGUGAGAAAGAGAGACAGCAGAUUUUGGAGGAGAUGAAGAAGAGGAAUCAUCUUC